UGAGCGCGAGUCUCCGAAGAGUUCGGUCGCACUUCGUUUGGACCAUCUCAGAAUCACCGUGGUCGACAAAAGUUGCCCGAGCAGCAGUGACGAUCCGAUAAUUUCGAAUACAUUCGAAUAAUAGUCGAGAUUUUUCGCGGAGCGAUCGGAUCGGAUCAUCGUAGUGCGGUUGCGUAGCGAAUUUCGUAAUAAGGAGUAAAUGGUAAAUCGAUUUUACAGCCGAGUGUUUUUUACGCGAUAAUUUACACGGCUUGAUAUUACGACGCGUAUGUAACAUGUGGUUUAUGUUGUGAUUGUGUUUUCGGUAAAAGUGCGCGUGCGGAGUUUUUAUUUCUUUCUUUGACUCUUCGACGUAAUUUCGUUUGUUCGGAUAUUUCGUUUACCGUUCGUCGUAGUUGUCAGGACUUAUCUGGGUAAAUACUUGCCGUACGUUUAUGCGAUCGUUUUGUUCGUCGCCGAUAUUUGUCGACCGCUGCACUGCAAGAUCGAAUGGUGAUGCGGUUGUUCAGUUUGCACUUCCGUAAGAUCCGCACGGUUGAAUCCUGCAACGACGAGUCAAUCUGAGGUCCGACAAAUUGGCGGUAAAGAGUCUGGUCCCGAUAUCGGAGUUCGGAAGCUUGAGAUCGGCGUAGUAAAUAUCCCGAGUCCGAGCGAAAAUUACACCCCGGAGUAGCGAGAGUAAUUGUUGCGGUGAAUAGAUGACCGUACCUGAUCGAUCCCUCGGGACAAGCAGAACGAUCGCGAAGAAGCGGCGUACCCCCGGGGGGCGCGCAAGCUCGUCGACGGAGCGGUAGGCAUCCAGCAUCAAGAUAAGGGCGUCGAAGCUCCGCAAAGAUGAACGGGGUCAGGCUGGCUCGCUAGUCGUGGAUCAGCAGAGCCGCGCCGUUCCUGAAGCCGUCCCGAUAUCCUCGAGCAGGCCUCCUGGCCGCAAGGGGGGGCCCGAAUUCGCCGUAGGCCCCGAGCCUCCUUCCGGGGAGGAAAACGGCCCGAAGCGCACCUCGAAACUUUCGUCGUCCCCAUCCUCUUCCGCGGGGGCCGUCAGCCGUGCCGAAUCCUUGGCCGUGGGCGACGUCGAGUCUUCGAGAUUCCGCAGCCCCGAGGUCCAGAGGAAGACGUCUCGCAUCGGGCAGAAGACUUCGGACCGUCCCUGCUGCAGGCGCACCGUCGUCGAGAGGUUCCAGGCCAGUCGAGAUCGAACCGGUAGCGUUAUCCUGGGAAACCGCCGGCUACAGACGAGAGUCACGUUGAACCAUCGGGUGGAGGUCGCCCAUCCUCCCGUUGCGAGUCCGCUGGAGGAGGAGGAGAGCAUCCUCCCAAAGCGGAAGGAGAAACUGGUCGAUAUCCUUGAGGGAUCGAACCGCACCGUCAAGAGUAUAAACAAGAAGAUACUCGGCAUGGCGCGAGAAAUGACACCGUCUUGGUCCCUCCGGCUUCUCGGGGUCAGUUGCGGCUCCGUGGUCUGUGCUUGGGGACUCUUGUUGAUAUUCUCGACCCUCGGAGGCGCGUCGCCGGACUCGAGUGUCGGGAACUUUGGUAUUAGGAAUCUGGGGAGUCAGAUCGAGGAGGCCGAGGGCGCGAGGUGUCCUUGGGCCUGCAACUGCGGAGGACAGGAGGUCGACUGCGCUCAUCGGGCCUUGACGCAAGUUCCUGGGGACCUGGCGGCGCCUCUUCUCGCCGAAAAAUUGGAUCUUCAGGGCAACAACAUUUCCGUAAUAUUCAAAACCGACUUCGAAGACAUGGCCACGCUGCAUGUACUGCAACUUUCCAGUAACCAAAUACACACCAUCGAACGAGGAUCUUUCCAGGAUCUCGUCGGCGUCGAGAAACUCCGGCUUAACAACAACCAGAUACGAUAUUUGCCAGACCUUCUCUUCAGCAACAUGAUGAACCUCAAACGCUUGGACCUGAGCCACAAUCAAAUCGCGAUGCUUGGACCGAAGACUUUGAGAGGAGUUUCAGCCCUCAAGCACUUGCUUCUGGAUAACAAUGUGCUGACCUGUAUCGACGAGGCGUCCAUUAGAGAACUUAAGGACUUAGAAAUACUAACGUUGAACAACAACAAACUGGUGACCCUCGGUAAAGAAAUGCUGUCGGGAUUGAGUCGACUGCGAACAUUGCGCCUCGGGGAAAAUUCUUUAGCCUGUGAUUGUCAUCUGGCCUGGAUGGCCAGACACUUGCGAAACUACCCUCGCCUGGGUCAACACACCCGCUGUGCGAGUCCUGCGAAUUUAAAGGGGCACAGCCUGGCUGACCUGCAGGAACACGAGUUCAAGUGUCCGGGGUUGGUGGAACGCGCCAAUUCGGAAUGCAGCGCCGAACCUCAGUGCCCACAUCCCUGUGGAUGUUCCAACGGUAUAGUUGACUGCAGGGAAAAAUCUCUUACCAAAGUUCCCACUCAUUUGCCCGAGGACACUACCGAAUUACGUCUGGAACAAAACGACAUCACGGAGAUACCGUCUAAGGCCUUCUCACCGUACAGAAAAUUGAUACGAAUUGACUUGAGCAACAAUAAAAUUAGGAAACUGGCCGCAGACGCAUUCCAUGGAUUGAAGGCACUUGAGUCGCUGGUUCUUUACGGCAACAAGAUAUCCGAGCUUCCGGGAGGACUGUUUCAAGGACUCACAAAUCUGCAGCUCCUGUUGCUCAACUCGAACGAGAUAUCGUGCAUCCGAACGGACCUCUUCAAGGAUUUGACGAGCCUGACCUUGCUGUCCUUGUAUUCGAACAAGAUAAAGUCCCUGGCAAAUGGAACGUUUGCGAACCUAAAAAGCUUCAAGACACUACAUCUGGCUCGCAACCCAAUCAUCUGUGACUGUAAUUUGCGCUGGUUAAACAUCUACCUCCAAGCUCAUCCCGUCGAGACGUCGGGGGCGAGGUGCGAGGCACCCAAGCGAAUAUACCGUCGCAAAAUUGAUGCCUUGCGCGACGACAAGUUCAAAUGUAAGGGUGACGAAGAACUCCUGACAAAACGAGCUGGUGAAUGCGUCUUACCAGGCUCUUGUCCCUCACCCUGUACAUGUAACGGAGCUACAGUCGAUUGCUCCGAUAAGAAGCUCACAACGAUUCCAAAGGAUAUCCCUAUUUACACUUCCACAUUGUUACUUGGGAACAAUGAUUUGGAUAAAAUCAAGGCGGACGGAAUUUUCGAGAAAUUACCAGAGCUGCAGCAUUUGGAUUUGAGGAGAAACAAAAUAUCCCGUAUCGAAGCUUCGGCCUUCAAAGGGUCUAACAAACUUACAGAUUUGCUGCUGUCCGAAAACAGAUUGAGAGAAGUUCACAACAAGAUGUUCACCGGUCUGAGCAAUUUGAAAACACUAAAUCUUCACGGAAAUGCGAUCACUUGCGUGAUGCCCGGAUCGUUUGACAGCUUAGUACGCGUUCAUACGAUUGACCUUCAAGGAAAUCCCCUGUCGUGCAAUUGCCACUUAUCGUGGUUUGCCGAAUGGCUCAGAGGGCGAGAUCUUCAGGGCAUAACCGGCCGGUGUCACGAUCCUCCAAGAUUGAAAGACGCGAUCAUCAAGGACAUACCUCAACACGAGUUCAAGUGCAACAGUGACAGCAUCGGGUGCCUUGGCGAUGAAUAUUGCCCCCCUCAAUGCCACUGCGCUGGAUCAGUUGUCAGAUGUUCGAGAUCACAUUUGACCGAAAUACCACGUGGAAUUCCACCGGAAACUACCGAACUUUACUUGGAUGUGAACGACAUUAAGACCAUUCAAAUUGAAAGGCUGAACCAUCUCAGAGCGCUGACAAGGCUAGACCUGAGCAACAAUCAAAUAGGCAUGUUAUCCAACGACACGUUCAGGAAUCUGACGAAACUUUCAACGCUAAUCAUAAGUUACAACAAACUGCAGUGUGUGCAGCGCAACGCUCUUGCAGGACUUAAAUCCCUCCGAAUAAUCUCUCUCCACGGUAACGAUAUCUCGCUUAUUUCCGAGGGAGCCUUCGAGGAUUUAAAGUCCAUCACCCACCUGGCACUUGGGUCAAAUCCACUCUACUGCGACUGCAGCAUGAGAUGGUUAGCCGAUUGGGUGAAAAAGGAUUACGUCGAGCCGGGUAUCGCUCGAUGCAUGGAUCCACCCAGUAUGAAAGAUAAAUUGCUUCUGUCAACACCAGCAUCCGCCUUCCAAUGUAAAACAAAACAGCAGCCAGCCGAGGUCCUGGCCAAGUGCGACAUGUGCUACACGGCCCCUUGUCAGAACGGAGGUUUCUGCGAAACGCUACCCGAUAGAGAAUUUCGUUGUAAGUGCGCACCAGGAUAUCACGGGGACAGGUGUCAGUAUAAAAUUGACGCGUGCUAUGGAAAUCCUUGCCGGAACUCCGGAACUUGCAAAGUACUGGAGGAAGGAAGAUUCAGUUGCGACUGCACCUCCGGUUACGGGGGCCUCAGAUGUGAGAACAACAUCGACGACUGCGUGGGAAACAAAUGUUCGAACAACUCGACCUGCGUGGACCUGGUUCAGGCCUACAGAUGCCAAUGCACCGCGGGCUUCAUGGGAGAAUACUGUCAAGAGAAAAUUCCAUUCUGCACAAAAGGACACGACCCCUGUGAGAACGGAGGUCGAUGCGUCGACCACCAAACCCACUACAGCUGCGAGUGCCCACUCGGAUUCUCGGGCUUUAACUGCUCAAACAAUCUGGAUGAUUGCGCUAAUCAUCUGUGCCAGAAUGGUGCAACCUGCAUCGACGGCAUAAACAAUUACGAAUGUAAGUGCGCGGGGGAGUUUGAAGGGAGGUAUUGCGAAGUGGCGCCGGCAAUCGCCAUGCUCUAUCCUCAAACGAGUCCUUGUGCUCAUCACGAUUGCCUUCACGGUGUCUGUUUUCAACCCUCCCCUGCCUCCACCGCGGACUACCUCUGCCAGUGCCAUCCCGGUUAUACUGGAAAACGAUGCGAGUACCUGACAAGUCUGAGCUUUGUGGAUAACAGCUCGCUGGUCGAGCUUGAGCCACUUCGCACAAGGCCUGAAGCCAACGUGACCAUAGUGUUCACCACGACUAACGAGAAUGGAGUUCUGCUUUACGACGGACAGAAUGGGGAACACAUUGCUGUUGAAUUGUACAACGGCCGUGUCAGAGUGUCAUACGAUGUCGGUAACUACCCGACCUCAACAAUGUACAGCUACGAAAUGGUGUCUGAUGGAAAACCGCACAAGGCCGAGUUGUUGGCUAUUAAAAAGAACUUUACUAUGAGCGUCGACAGCGGAACUGCCAGGAGCAUCAUCAACGAGGGACCAAGGGACUAUCUGAAGCUGACCACGUCCAUGUUCAUUGGUGGUGUUCCUCCAGAGACUGCCGGCGUCGCAUUCACCGAGUUCCAUUUGAGAAACACGACUAGUUUCCAAGGCUGUAUAUCGGAAAUGUGGAUCAACCACAAACUCGUUGACUUUAGCAACGCAGUAAAGAUAAACAAGGUUACACCAGGCUGCAUUUCUGGCGAAGAAGAGGCUGAUGAGGCGAGUAGCACCGAUACUAGAGACAUCAUCAGUAGUAGCGAAGAGACUAACGAACAAAUUAGUCGUGAGCAUUCUGACAUAGCCGUAUCAGCACCAGGCACAGGAGUGAGCGAUCUAUGCGCAGGACACGAGUGUAAAAAAGGAUCGCAGUGUGUUCCAAAUCCGUUUUUAAACGGAUACACUUGCAAAUGCCAAGCAGGGUGGCAGGGAUUAUUUUGCGAAAAAGCACCAACAUGUCGCAAAGAACACACUCGAGAAUAUUACAGCGAAAAUGGAUGUCGCAGCCGACGGCCGGUAAAAUUAGCCAAGUGUUGGGGAAGCUGCGGCAACUCCUGCUGCCGACCGCGUAAAACCAAGAGACGCAAGGUCCGUCUAAUUUGCACUGAUGGUACACGGUACACGAAGGACGUGGACCUAGUGCGCAAGUGUGCAUGCACACGGAAGUGCUACUAGGCACAACGCACAUCUCACGCACUAAUAUUGACCACUUAAAUACAAAAAAGGUACACAAUGCAACCUCUGACUCCAAGUUUGAAAGCAAAUAGCUACAGCAACCAAGAUAAUUAAUAAUAAAUAAAUCAAUAAAGUGAAUCAGUGAAGAAGUGCGGGGUACACUAGAUGGACACACAGCUGGCUCAGUGUGAUAAUAUGUAUUAUUGAAUAUAUUAUACGCAUAAACUAUAUACGUACUGUAUUAAAUUUUGGGUGUAAUAAGUAACGAACACGUGGACUAAUUUAAAAGGUAAAAGAAAAAUAAAUAAAUAAAUAAACAGGAACAGAAGAAGAACAAACUUGAUCUGUUUUGACAGAUAUACAGGUAUAUACAUAGUAUUUCAAAUUAUAUAUAAAAUUAACGCAUGUACACGUAGAAACUGUGUGCGUAACGAAAUGUAAUUGUAAUUCCCACGAAAUAUCCCUCAUACGCAAACGAUCAGUUCUCUCACGAUGAUGUUGCAAUGUAUACUGUAUGGCAGACUGUAAAGUGUGAACAAAUUUCAAAUUCUUCUUGAUUUUUAAAUUAUUAUAGGAAUUACGUUCCCAAGAUUUUUAAUUCUCAUAUUAUACAUAGAUAUUAUACAAAUAUAAAAUAUAAAUGCUGCGUUGGGCGUAAAUAAUAAUCGAAUAGACAAUUUUUGAUAAGAUUUCAUCAAUAUUUAUAUUAUAUACAAUAGCUCGUACGGUUAUUACGUAGUUGUGCUAAAUGAAAAAAAUUAAUUUAUAGACCAGUGGCAGAGCUGGCUAUAUAAUAUCGAGGUGUUUGUAAACAAGUAUAUUUUAUCUAUUUGAAACUAUAGUAUCGGAGUAAGAAAAUAAUAAUUAUGAUAAUCAUUGGUAUAUAUGUAAUUAAUUUACGUACAACAGUUCUUACACACGGACACAUCCUCUUCAAAGAUCAGUAUACCUAUAAAAUAAUAAAUAUGUUAUGUAAAUUAAAAGUCCGUAAGACCGCGUGACGCCAAAUUUUAUACAUUGUAUUACACGCAAGUAUAUAAUUAAAGUAUUUAUUUCAAAUUUAAACACUGCAAACAUUUUUUUCUGUAAACACUCGAAAUCGUAACAAAUAGUCUGAAGACUGAAACGCUAUGAUUCUCGAAAAAAAUUAAUGUCUGUUCGUACAUCUUUACAUCAUGAAUCAAAAUUGGAUCUUCGGAACAAAUUAAUGACAAAGUAAAAAAUAUAUAUACAUAUAUAAAUAUGAAUAUAAGAGACUCGAUCUUCUGCUAGCGAAAUACUUUAUCAAUUAUACCGGUGAAUAUUAAGCCACCUAACAAAGAAAAAUUUUCAGGCGAAUGAUCUUUUCUAAUGUGCAGUUUUAUAGGACUGGAAAUUAUUUUUGAAAGAGCAGAAGUUUGUCGUUCUUCACUUUGGUUUUUCCUCAAUACUUAGUACAUGUAUUAGUAGUUGAUGAAGCAUUUUGAUAGCGAUAAGAUAUCCCUUGUAAUUAUACUAUGCUGUAACUUGUAAGGUAUGAAUAAUUUUCAUGGCUUGCCAUUCCAUUGCAUAUAUUUAUACAUGAUAUUUUAGAAUUUCAAUUACUGUAAUAAAAGAACUGAUAAUUAA